CGACAGCCAUAAACAACCCGGUAGCCUGAACGUUCUGGGAAUUUAUUUAUCGGAUAUUUCACUGGAUUAUACUCACGCCAUUGCUGAUUAAUUAUUACUCAUUUUUAAUCGCCGCGGAAUUAUCCUGCCGACGAAAAAACGUUGCCGGAUUAAACCAUCCGGAACCUAGAGCCAUUUUUCCUUAACCACAACCAUGUGGCCCCGCGUCAACCUCCUGCACCAGGAAUACUCCUCCAUAAUAUUCCUCAGUCUGCACACCCUCCUGUCCCUCGUCUGCCCCGGUGUCCCGACCGACUUCAGCUUCCUCUCGGCGGACCCGGCGCCGCCGGACCCGGCACCCGCCCUGCGUCUGACACCCACGUUAAUCAGCAACGUCGAAUCCAAACUGCUGACCAUGCUGGGCCUGACCAUCCGGCCGCGGCCUCGGACAAAGGUCACCAUCCCGGCGUACAUGCUGCAGCUGUAUCGCGAGCAGCUAAAGGUCAACGCCGAUCCCGAUGAGGCAGCGCGCAGCCGGAAGAAGGGCAAGAGACCGCUGCCGCCGCCGGCUAAUACAAUUCGUAGUUUUACGCAUCAAGAACCGGACAGCACCAGCGGCUUUCCAGCCGUUGAGCACAGCGAGCACCUCCUCUUCAACCUGUCCACCAUCCCCGCCGACGAGGACAUCAAAGCGGCCGAUCUGCGUCUGUACGUGCCGCACAGCCCGCACACGCCCCGCCUCCUCUUACAACUGCACCAGGUGCUGCACGCCGGCGACGGCAUCACCCGCCCGCUGGACAGCCAACUCCUCGACGUCGGCAACCGUUCCCGGGUGGUGACCUUUGACAUCCUCCCCGCGGUGCAACACUGGCGGCACUUCCCGGCGGAGAAUCACGGUCUGCAGGUGGACAUCCUGACCCCCGACGGCCGCGGGGUGUGGUGGGAGGUCCAGCACCCGGAGGAAAAUGGUGUCGACAUUGUCAACCCGCUGCGGAAGCGGAGAUUCACGCGGGCCACCGGGGGGUCCGCGGAAUUGGUCAGUCCGCAGCACCCGCCCCUGAUGGUGGUGUACAGUGACGAUCCCCGUGGGGGGCCAGCCAAACCGAAGCCCCGGCGUCCGGGCACCCGCCCCGGGGGGUCCGGGGCCGGGCGUAACCGCGAUCCGUGCCGGCGGCAGAAUCUGUACGUGGAUUUCAGUGAUGUGGGGUGGAAUGAUUGGAUUGUGGCGCCCCCCGGGUACCAGGCGUACUACUGUGCCGGGCAGUGUACAUUCCCGCUGCCGGACCAUCUGAACGUGACGAACCACGCGCUGGUGCAGACGCUGGUCAAUAAUGUCAAUAAACAAGCUGUGCCGCAGGUCUGCUGUAUCCCCACGGAGCUCAGCCCCAUUAGUCUGCUGUAUCUGGACGAGCAUGAAAAGGUCGUGCUGAAGAAUUAUCAGGAUAUGGUCGUGGAAGGAUGCGGAUGCAGAUGAUCACGCCGCUUUUCCACCGCUGUUGAUGCACAUGACUCUAUGAGCACGGACACCCCGGGCGGAUGCCCGUAGUGGAGCGGAGCUCUCGGACAUUCGGCCGCGAUAUGACCGGCACGUUCAACCAUCGGUGUGACAGCGUGUGCGAUCGACCUGUGCAGCAGAUUAACUAUGGAGUUUUGCCAAUUGAAACUGUGCUGGCCCGGUUAAACCAGAGCGUCGAUGUUGUGCCGGAUGACUAUUGAUCUCGGGGGAAUUUUUUUGUUUGUUAUUUUUCCUUCCUUCUUCGGGAGUUGGAUCUGUAUACCAAAGUCGGCGGGGAACUUUUUUGGACGGGAGACAAAUAGCAUGUCUUUAUACUCGAGGUCAUCGAUGAGCGUUUUUUAACCAUCGCUGCGCUGUAAAUUGCGUUUUUCCAUAAUUACGGCAGCUUGAUGCGCGUACCGGCAAAUGUGCGCAAAAUAUAUAUCGCAGAUAUAAUCGAUGCUUUAUAUACUGCAUUGCCAAUUUGUUUUUGAACGACGGAGGUUGCUAUAUUAUUCUAAUGAUGUUUAAAAGGUUUCUACGAUUUA